AAAACAUCAUAAACAAGUUUUUGAUGUUAUGCUCACAUAGGGAAAUCGACGAGUUGAUUGGGUCGUCAGCAAUUUUGCCACAGAGGGUGGUUAUCAAUUAACAGUUGCAGGUUUUAAGUAAACUUGCUUCGCGGCGGGCUAGCAUUUUACAUUUAGCAUCAAGCUAAAGUGUGACGAGGUUGACAGUUUGCAUCGGAACACAAUUAGUAGUAAUUUUUAUCCGAAUUCUUUGGAGUGAGCACUAUGGCUGAAGAGGAACUUGAAGAAAUAUUUACCCUUUUUGACCGCACUGGAAAGGGAAAGAUUGAAAUCGCGCAGAUAAAAGAUGUUCUUCGUUCAGCCGGCUUAAACCCACAAGGUACUGACUUGGAAAAGCUGGAGGCCGACUACAAAGACAAGGAGUUUAUCCAGUUUCCAGAAUUCUGCGCUAUUCACAAGGAAAUGAAAGCUAAACCCCAGCCAGCCAUGGAAGACUUCCUGGAGUUCUUCAGCAUUUUUGAUCGAGAAAAGAGUGGUUUAAUUGAUUCGUUGCAGCUUCGAGCUUUCCUCUGUAUGAAGGGUGAUUCCAGACUGACAGAGGAUGAGGUGGAGCAAAUUGUGAAGUCGCUCGAAGACAAGAAGAAAGAGGUCGUUCCUUACAAAGAACUCAUCACUUUGGUUAUGAGCGACCCUCCAGCAGCCACUGUUUAGAAACAGACAUUGUGCAACUGCCAGCCGGAGGCUGUCAUUUAAUUUGGACUUCUGCUACUAGUUCAUUUUCUCAAUCGAAUUUUGCUGCCAAGACCCUCGAUGGCGAAACACCCUAUAUACUGUUUUCUCUCUGACUGUAAGUACUCACGUUUUUUGUAUUCCGUCAGAAAUUUGUUUUUAAGUUAGCUAGCGCACUCAGGAUCCUUUCAAUUUGAUUUUGUAGGAUUGAAAUCAAAAUGUUUAAUUGAGACAUUAUGAUACUUUUGUGAUACAGAAGUUGAGAAUUGAGAAUGCCAAUAAAUUUCUUUUUGAUUGAG